GUGCUGGGAGCCAGGAAGACCCCCCGAAUCGUCCCCAUUGAGCUGCCCUCGGUUUUCGCUUCCUUUACUUUUGCCUUUUCUGCGUUACCAACAAGCACCUAGUCCCGAGGCUGAGGGAAAGUCCUGGUCUAAGCGCGUGUGGCGCUCCGGGUCUCGGAAGAUUCUCUAGCGAGGAGGGAAAGGGGAGGGCCCGUGCAAACCGUUGCUGCCUUAGCCCGGGCCGGGGUCCGGGGAGCGGGAGCUCCUGGCACCCCGUGGACUCGCGGCCUGCGGCGGUCUCCAGGGAGCUGUUUGCAGACGGGGGCUCGCGGGAACCUACCACCAGCGCCUCCCACCGCGGCCCACGCGGGCGGCGCGCGAAGGAGGGGGCGGGGGCAGCGGCGGCUAUAGCGGCCGCGACCUGGGCGGGCGGAGGAGUGUGACGGGCCUUGGGGCCGCUGUGGAUGGUUUCUAAAAUGAUAAUUGAAAACUUCGAGGCACUCAAGUCCUGGCUCAGCAAGACUCUCGAGCCCAUCUGUGAUGCAGAUCCGUCAGCCCUAGCAAAAUAUGUUCUGGCUUUGGUAAAGAAAGACAAAAGUGAGAAAGAGUUAAAGGCAUUAUGUAUUGAUCAGCUGGAUGUAUUUCUUCAGAAAGAGACACAGAUAUUUGUGGAAAAACUUUUUGAUGCUGUGAAUACAAAGAGUUAUCUACCUCCUCCAGAGCAGCCAUCAUCAGGAAGCCUGAAGGUAGAAUUUUUUCAGCACCAAGAAAAAGAUAUUAAAAAAGAAGAGAUCACGAAGGAGGAAGAACGAGAGAAAAAAUUUUCUAGAAGGCUAAAUCACAGUCCUCCUCAGUCAAGCUCCCGAUACAGAGAAAAUAGAAGUCGUGAUGAGAGGAAAAAAGAUGAUCGUUCUCGCAAAAGAGAUUAUGAUCGAAACCCUCCCCGAAGAGAUUCAUACAGAGACCGGUACAAUAGAAGACGAGGGCGAAGUCGCAGUUACAGCAGGAGUCGAAGUCGGAGUUGGAGUAAAGAGAGGCUUCGUGACAGGGAUAGAGAUAGAAGCAGGACUAGAAGCAGAAGCAGAACACGAAGCAGGGAAAGGGAUCUGGUAAAACCUAAAUACGACCUGGAUAGAACAGAUCCACUAGAAAAUAAUUAUACUCCAGUCUCUUCGGUACCUAAUAUUUCAUCUGGCCACUAUCCUGUACCUACUCUGAGCAGCACUAUUACAGUAAUCGCUCCUACUCAUCAUGGUAAUAACACUACCGAAAGUUGGUCUGAAUUUCAUGAAGACCAGGUGGACCAUAACUCUUAUGUAAGACCACCAAUGCCAAAGAAACGGUGUAGAGACUAUGAUGAAAAAGGUUUUUGUAUGAGAGGAGACAUGUGUCCUUUUGAUCAUGGAAGUGAUCCAGUAGUUGUAGAAGAUGUGAAUCUUCCUGGUAUGCUGCCUUUCCCAGCACAGCCUCCUGUUGUUGAAGGACCACCUCCUCCUGGACUGCCCCCACCUCCACCAAUUCUUACACCCCCACCUGUGAAUCUUAGACCCCCAGUGCCACCUCCAGGUCCAUUACCACCUAGUCUCCCACCUGUCACAGAUGAUAUUUCUUAUUCUUUGGUUUUGACAGGACCACCACCUCCACUUCCUCCUUUGCAGCCAUCUGGCAUGGAUGCUCCCCCAAACUCUGCAACCAGUUCUGUUCCUACUGUAGUAACAACUGGCAUUCAUCACCAGCCUCCUCCUGCUCCACCAUCUCUUUUUACUGCAGUUUUUGUGUUACCAGAUACAUACGACACAGAUGGCUACAAUCCUGAAGCCCCCAGCAUAACAAACACUUCCAGACCUAUGUAUAGACAUAGAGUACAUGCACAGAGGCCUAACUUGAUAGGACUAACAUCAGGGGAUAUGGAUUUGCCACCCAGAGAAAAGCCUCCUAAUAAAAGCAGUAUGAGGAUAGUAGUGGAUUCAGAAUCAAGAAAAAGAACGAUUGGUUCUGGGGAGCCUGGAGUUCCUACAAAGAAGACUUGGUUUGAUAAACCAAAUUUUAAUAGAACAAACAGCCCAGGCUUCCAGAAGAAGGUUCAGUUUGGAAAUGAAAAUACCAAACUUGAACUUAGGAAAGUUCCUCCAGAAUUAAAUAAUAUCAGCAAACUUAAUGAACAUUUUAGUCGAUUUGGAACCUUGGUUAACUUACAGGUUGCCUAUAAUGGUGAUCCCGAAGGUGCCCUUAUCCAAUUUGCAACAUAUGAAGAAGCAAAGAAAGCAAUAUCAAGUACAGAAGCAGUAUUAAACAAUCGCUUUAUCAAGGUUUAUUGGCACAGAGAAGGAAGUGCCCAACAGUUACAAAGUACUUCCCCAAAGGUAAUGCAGCCUUUAGUUCAGCAGCCCAUUUUGCCUGUUGUGAAGCAGUCGGUCAAAGAACGGUUGGGUCCAGUACCUUCAAGUACUGUUGAACCUGCAGAAGCCCAGAGUGCCAGUUCAGACCUUCCACAGAAUGUAACUAAGUUAUCUGUGAAGGACAGGUUGGGUUUUGUAUCAAAGCCAUCUGUUUCAGCAACUGAAAAGGUGUUGUCUACAUCUACUGGCCUAACAAAAACAGUGUAUAAUCCAGCUGCUUUGAAGGCUGCACAAAAAACCUUACUUGUUUCCACCUCUGCAGUUGAUAAUGAAGCACAGAAAAAAAAACAGGAGGCACUGAAACUUCAGCAGGAUGUAAGGAAAAGAAAACAAGAAAUUUUAGAAAAGCACAUUGAAACACAGAAGAUGUUAAUUUCAAAACUGGAGAAAAACAAAGCAAUGAAGUCUGAAGAUAAAGCAGAAAUAAUGAAAACUUUAGAGGUUUUGACAAAAAAUAUUACCAAGUUGAAAGAUGAAGUCAAAGCUGCUUCUCCUGGACGCUGUCUUCCAAAAAGUAUAAAAACCAAGACUCAGAUGCAGAAGGAAUUGCUUGACACAGAACUGGAUUUAUAUAAGAAGAUGCAGGCUGGAGAAGAAGUCACUGAACUUAGGAGAAAGUACACAGAAUUACAACUCGAAGCUGCAAAACGAGGGAUACUUGCAUCUGGUCGGGGUAGAGGAAUUCAUUCAAGAGGUCGAGGUGCAGCUCAUGGCCGAGGCAGGGGUCGAGGUCGAGGGCGAGGUGUGCCUGGUCAUGCUGUGGUGGAUCACCGUCCUAGGGCAUUGGAAAUUUCUGCAUUUACGGAGAGUGAUAGAGAAGACCUUCUUCCUCAUUUUGCGGAUUUUUGGGUGCUUCAAAAUAUUUAUUUGGAGGAAAUACUUUUUUCUAAUUUAAAGCAAUAUGGUGAAAUUGAAGAUUGUCAGAUUGAUGACUCUUCACUUCAUGCAGUAAUUACAUUCAAGACAAGAGCAGAAGCUGAAGCAGCUGCAGUUCAUGGAGCUCGUUUCAAAGGGCAGGAUCUAAAACUGGCAUGGAAUAAACCAAUAACUAGUAUUUCAGCUGUUGAAACAGAAGAAGUUGAACCCGAUGAAGAGGAAUUUCAGGAAGAGUCUUUGGUGGAUGACUCAUUACUUCAGGAUGAUGAUGAAGAAGAAGAGGACAAUGAAUCUCGUUCUUGGAGAAGAUGAUUUGACUGAUCAUUGAUCUGCAUAUGCUAGAACUCUACCUGUGUUUCAUUAGUAUUAUCUAAUGUACUUUUACAUAUUUGUAAAAACAAUUUUUGGUAAAAUGUGAUGAAGAUGGAUUUCACAAAUAGACAAAAGAGAAGAAAACUACCUUCUGAUCCUGUAUUUUGAAA